ACACACAAGACACUGGUGAGUAUUUCACUCUGUAACAGUUAAUGUUGUGUUUUAUUGAUUGUGUGUGUGUUUAGAUGAAGUUAUUGUGAUCAGUGUGUGUGUGUGUGUGUGUAUUGUUAUAUUGUUUGUUUAAGACAGAACAACUCAAGCAGGAGUCAGACAGACCAACACAAAAACUCUACCAUGAUGAAUGAUCCACAACCGUUUGAUUAUACAAGAGAACUAAACCACAGCCAUGAUGAGGAAGAUGAUGAUGAAGAUCCAAACUCAGACAAACCACAUGACUCCUCCUGCGAGAACUUAUCAAUACUGGAGCGUCUGGGGUUAAACAGCACUCUGGAGAUGCGUGAAGAUGAAGUGGAGAGCGCCUUCAUCCGGUUGGCCGUGGGAUUUCGCUGUGAUCAGUACACACUGAACCAGCGGCUGCAGGCUGAGCGACACGAGCGUCUGGUGGCAGAAGAGAACUUCCAGAGAGAACUGAGACACACCGGAGACACUCUUCAGGUGUUGUGUGAUCGUCUCACAGAGGUGGACAGCAGAGAGACGGUGUCACAGAUGAAGAACAGACUGCAGAUGGUGGAGAAGAACGUGGAGAACGUCGUCACGGCAGCUGAAAUGCUGGGAGCUGCACACCAGGAAGCACGUGUGAGUCACGCAGCAGAUGUGAUGUCUGCACACGUCGAGCAUCUGAAGAGACGUCACAUGACAGACAGUGAGGAGCUGCUGGAGGUCAGGAAACUUCUUCACAGAAGAAAGGGCAGAUUACACAGUGACUCAACAGAUGACCGAGAUGCUUUCUUCAGACUACCUCAACAGAGCACACGCAGAAGAGUGAGCGUCACGUUACUACCGACUUCAGCUGAGAUGAUGGAUCUAGAAACUGUGUUUCUGCAGAGCACCAAAACCAGCGAGGAGUCUGACAGAAGACCUCAUAUUCAAAAACUGAGGAGAUGCUGCAUUAUGUGUCUCAGACCGGAAAUGAUGCCAUCAGAUUCUAUUAAGAGUUCCCUGACCUUUGACCCCUCUGCUCAGGACUCCGCCCUAAAGCAGGAUGAUGAUGAUGCUGACAGUGCAGUGUUUCCAUGUGUGACACAGGCUCCGGUGGAGGGGGAGGAGUCGGUGAGAGGGGAGGAGCCGUCACUCACAUCCAGCUCUGAACUAUGCGUGGCGCCACCUCAGCGCCCUCUGCUGGUCUGGAGCAUCAGGGUGUUGCCACUCGUCUUCUGUCUCAUCAUACUGGCGGCUCUGUGGUUCUGAGCUCCGGUCUUACAGUUCUGAGAAUGAAACAUCCCAGUUUACCAUUUCUGGUUCCCAGAACGUUCUGAACCAUGAAACUUACGUUUUAUUUCCGUAAAGAUAACCAAAAACAAACCUUACAAAAACUUUCUGGGAACCAGAAACUAACGUUAGGGGACAACCAAAAGCCCUGAGUCCUUACAUCAUGGUCUGUUGAUUUAGAUGUGUCCAAUCAAUCGAAAAUCACGAAAAUAUACGUUUACUCUCAAACCUGUACAGCUUUAGAGGGGUCAUAUGGUGCGAACACGUGUUUUCUGUGUCUUUGGUGUGUUAUAAGUUGCCCGUGCAUGUAUUACUGUAGACACGUAAAAUAGCAAAACUGAAACACGAACACAUUAUACAGUCAGAUUCAGUGUAAACUGUGUGUCUGGCCUGAACAACAAACACGUGAUUCAAACACAGAUUCAAUAGAAUCCAACUGUUCUCAUUUCUCAUCAAACAGCUGGAAACACAACAGAAUAAUGACACGCAUUAACAUGACAAACAGAUUCAUGUAUCACCAGGUGCUGUUUCCUUUAUUCACAUUGUUCUGAUGGAGAACAGAGAGAAAAGAUUUGAACAUUUAUAACGGAAUAAUUUAUAUUUGAUUAGGUUAAAUCAUAGCACACGAAAUAAUAUAUAAUCCACAUAACCUGCAGAAAAGAUGAAGUGUUCCUCGCAGAUCUUAGGCUCCACCCCGUCCUGCUAAGUAGCCAAUCACAUCUUAGAAUGAGCAACAGGAUCAGGAAGAGCUCUUCGUUUUCUUCUCAGAAACGGGAUUAUCAGAUGACAGCAGCAGACCUGUAUACAUCACAGUGUUUCUGAUAAAACAUCUGUCAUACAUCAACUUAACCUUUUACAAAAUUACGUUUGGUUGAACAUUUAAUUGGCUGACGAUACUUAGAAUCCAAAUUUACAAGAUAAAUAUGUACUAUAAUAGUUUCGUAUGCAUUCAUUUUUAACACAAUGUAUGACGAGUUUGGUUCCAAAAUGCGAUAACAUAUCAAAAAUAAUGUUUUUUCAUUGUCCAUUCCAACGAAUAUCAAUCAAACUGCAGUUGGUUUGCUUUGGCUUAAGCCAUAAUACCUCAAAAAAAGAAAAACAGCUAAACACAAUAAAAACACAAAGACAUGAUUUUUGUUUAUCUCAUUUUGGAACCAAACUCUUCAUAUAUAUAUAUAACCUUGAAUCUGAAAUCUCAAUCGAAGUAUGUCUGAAUUAUUUUUGUAUGAAGUAAAUGUAUAUUGUAUAAAUGUGUGCAUUAUGAGAAGUGUUUGUAAGCAGCAGAAGUUGAGCUCAUCUCUGUAAUGAUUAUGGGAUGAGAUGGUAGAAGACAGAUGCACAGACUCGUGUGAAAUCAUCUGGUGACGUAAUCACAGGGAACACAUGAUGAGGGAUUUAGCGUGUUCAGCCAUGUGAGAUUUACCCAGCCAACACAUCCAGCACACACACAUGAAUGUGAACCUCACACAAACCAUACACAUUUAUAUCAAAAUCUUUGUUUUGUGUUUAAAAAUAUUGAGGUCAUGUUGACUGUUCUGCUGAUGUUUUUUUUUUGUUCAUUUACGGUUAAUUUAUUCUCCAACAAUAAAAAUAAAAUCUUUA